AUGUUCAAUGAUGCGCCGCCCACCGACCAACUCAACACCUCCCAAUCCUCGGUCAAAUCCAAGGAUGGGGGCUAUUUUCAAUGCGGCUUCUGCAAGCGCCACUACAACCGAGCAGACCACUUGAUCCGCCAUGUUCGAUCCCACACCCGCGAGAAGCCUUACGUCUGUGAUGUCUGCGACAAGGGAUUUGCGCGGCCGGACCUUUUGAAGCGGCAUGCGACGGGUCAUUCCCAUGACCGAGAUCGCAAACGUAAAAGAAGCUCCUCGGUCGCGAAACAGAGUCGCGUCUCCCAGGCUUGCAAGGCAUGUGCCUCCUCAAAACUCAAGUGUGACGAGGACAAGCCAUGUCGACGGUGCCGAGAGCGAAGUCUGCACUGUGACUGGCAGGAUGUCGUACAGGACUCAUCUCCAGAGCCACAGCAGCCGAAUCAGGUGGAAAAUUCAGUAGUCCUCCAUCAGCCAGUUGAAAUGACGGCGUCGGUUACGUUCUCCCCGAUGUCAACGCCGAUGGAUGAGUUUCCUACCGGUGGCAGUGGUGUACUAUUGACUCCCUACGCGCCUCCUCUGGAACCAACCGUGCUCUCGCCAGAAGUACCCCGAGCGGGCGAGCAAAUCACAAUGGACUAUGGAGUAUCGCCGACCGACCAAGAAAGUGGCAUCUUUAGUGUCGAUGGCACAUUCUUCCCCAGUUUCAUCCCGGACUCGUUGAUUUCUUCGCUGAGCCGGUAUAAUGACCCAUUCGAUUCGUCCAAUUUGAUCUCCGAUUUCACACACUAUGGGGCGUUGGAAAGCCCAGCCUUUAAUUUUAAUUUGACCGAUGGCGAUUUCGGUCUAAUUGACAUGUAUAAUGCCCGCAAUUUUGUUCCAGGUGCCCAUGAGCAUGAACCCCAGGACCACUUCGAUGCGGAUAGUGGAAUUGGGAUCGGAGUCGAAGCCUAUCACCGGUCUUCCCUGUCUCAGUGGAAGCCAGCCCAGGAAGACCAUGCCUUCGAUGACCAUGAGAACUUGUCUGUACCGCAAACAAUCGACAGCCCGGAAGCCAUCGCCACCCCCGAUCGACAGAUCCUCUCUGAGCGUCUGUCCCCGAGCAGCCGAGAUCUCAUCUUCGGCCUGGUGCUUGAGAUUAGCCGGCAAGCCAAUCUGAGUCGAAUUAUGAAGUCUUUCCCCAGGACAGAACUGCUGGACGGGUUGAUUCAACAGUAUUUUGAGUUCCAGACUCAUAGUGUGGACUCCUUCAUCCACGGGCCAACUUUCCGCCCGAAUAGCGAACAUGCCAGUAUUCUCACUGCGCUAGCCUCUGCAUCAGCCGUUCGCUCGCCAAUCCCCACAAUCAGAAAGCUAGGAUAUGCUCUGCUGGAGAUCGUACGGCUCUACAUGCCUAUAAAGUAUGAAAGUGAUAAUAGCACUACCCGGGACCUUCGUACAUCACAGACCUAUGCGUUGAAUAUUGAUAUUGGGAUUUGGAGCGGCAAUCGACGAAAGACGGAAAUUGCAGAGAGUUUUUCCCAGCCCUUGGUAACAAUGCUUCGUCGUGCUCUUCGAUUUCGCCGCUCGGUCUAUACGAAUAUUGUCCCGCAUGUGGAGGAUACCGGGAAAGCAUUGGAGCGCAAAUGGCAUGAGUGGAUUGAGCAAGAAUCGUUCAAAAGGCUUGUCUAUCAUAUCUUCCUUCACGAUUCUCAGUCUUCUGUGACACUCAAUGUCAAUCCCUUGAUCUCCUAUGCCGACCUGGAACUCCCACUCCCAGCAGCACGCCAGCUAUGGGAAGCCAAGACUGCCACCGAAUGGAAAGAACUUUUUUGCGUGAUAACGCCCGCGCGCAUGCCCUCCCUUGCCGACCUUCUUCGCGACAUGUCGCAGCUUUCGAUUUUUCAGGAUCGCAUUGACACUCAACUGGCCGCUUUUGUUCUUCUUCACGGCCUCUCUGCCUUGAUCAAUGAGUACCAUCGACUGAAGUUCAUUUCAACAAGCAAAUCGAAACAUUGGCAUGCCCUUGUGACAAAUUCACGCCAGCAAGAGCUCGAUCAAGCUCUGCAACAUUUCCGGAUGGUUUGCUCCGAGCUUCGAGUUCCGUGCCGACCUGAGAUUGUCUUGGUAUGUGAAGUAGUUUCAAUGCUUCUUCACAUGUCGCUUGAGGAGCUCCAGCUUUUUGCUGGGAAAGAAGACAAACAGGAAGCCCGCCGGGUCUACCAUUCUGCCCUUGAAUGGAUCACCAGUCCUGAUUCCCGGCGCGCUGUGUGGCACGCAGGGCAAACUAUUCGUGCAGCCCGGCAAAUGGCCCCUGGCUCGAUGACUGGAUUCUUGGCUAUUGGAGUUUACUAUGCCGGUUUGGCCUUCUGGUCCUAUGCGGUGGUUUCCAAGGCUGAGAAGACCCGGAUGAAUGGAAGCCCUGCCUCUGCCAUUGCCAGUCAGGGACCAACGGUAUUCCUGGAUGCGGAGGAGGUGUCUGAUGUUUCGAAAUUCGUCACGCUCAGCUGUGGCAUUCCUGCACUACAUGGGCCGGGCGGACCAAUCGCUCUGGCGGAUACGGGGGCUAUGAUGCAGGCGGUGCAACGGGUGCUCCGCCCCGAUCCGUCGGAGCGGACACUGCCACUGGUCCAAAGCCUUGCUCAGUUGAUGGGCGAUCUGGGGCAUUGCGUACCCGCCGGGGGCGCGUAG